AUGGAGCAGAAGAAGCUGUCGGUCCUCCUCCUUGUCCUCUGCGCCGGGUCCGCGCACGGCAUGCGCCUCCUCCACGACGUCGACAAUGAGUACGGCCGGGACUUCGCCUUCGGCUCCAGCGCAGCCGCCGAGACCGAGACCGUGCAGCGGGACGCGUCCUUGGACGACUACGAGGACGAGAUCAGCCGCGUGGAGUUCGAGCCGGAGCGCGGCACGUCCUACGCCGCCACGGUCGCCACCACCGCAGCCGCGCCUGCUCCGGGGCCAGCGACGGCGGGGAGUGACGCCACCACGACCGCGAGGCCCGGCACGGGCAGCAUGAAGUGGUGGCUGCCGCCGUCGACGAUGCCGUCGUUCCCGAUGUUCCCGAACCCCGGCGGCAUGCCCGGGAUGCCGUUGCCCGCCAUGCCUGUGCCCAUGCCCAUGCCCGCCGGCAUCCCCGGGAUGCCCGCCAUGCCUAUGCCUGUGCCGGGGGGAGGCAUCCCAGGCGCUGGCCUGCCGGGCGUGCCGUUUCCAGGAGGAAUGCCGGCGCCGUUCAACUUCAAGCCGACCGGGUGGGGAGCCGGAGCUGGCGGCGUUGCCGGCACCACUCUGUCACCGCCCGGGCAGGAGCAGCCGGCGCCUCCCGCCGCCAGCAGCAGCGCCGGCGACAAUGCCAAUGCCAACGACAACCCGAGCCCCACCGAGACCAUUAUCAACUGA